UUCCGCCAUCGCGAUGCAGCAGCAAAACUCGCAACGCCAGUGCAUCUGCAUCCACGUCGGCCAGGCGGGCGUGCAGAUCGGCAACGCCUGCUGGGAGCUGUUCUGCCUCGAGCACGGCAUACAGCCCGACGGCACGAUGCCCUCGGACAAGCAGAUCGGCAACAACGACUGCUACGACACCUUCUUCAACGAGACGAGCAAGGGCCACAUGAUACCCAGGGCGCUGAUGAUCGAUCUCGAGCCCACGGUCAUCGACGAGAUCAGACGCGGCACCUACAGACAGCUGUACCAUCCGGAGCAGCUGAUAAACGGCAAAGAGGACGCGGCCAACAAUUACGCGCGGGGCUACUACUCCGUGGGCCAGGAGCUCAUCGGCACCGUGAUGAAUCGGCUGCGUCGCUUCACCGACCAGUGCCAGAGCCUCUUGGGCUUCUUCGUCUUUCACUCGUUCGGCGGCGGCACGGGCUCGGGCUUCGCCUCCCUCCUCAUGGAAAAGCUGUCCCACGAGUACGGCAAGAAGAGCAAGCUCGAGGUGACGGUCUAUCCGGCUCCCCAGGUCUCCACGGCCGUCGUCGAGCCCUACAACUCGAUCCUCACGACCCACGCCACGAUCAGCCACUCGGACUGCACGUUCCUGGUGGACAACGAGGCCAUCUACGAGAUCUGCCGGCGCAAGCUGGGCAUACAGAGGCCCACCUACACGAAUCUCAACAGGCUCAUAAGCCAGGUCGUCUCGUCGAUAACGGCCUCGCUGAGAUUCGACGGCGCCCUCAACGUCGACCUCACCGAGUUCCAGACCAAUCUCGUGCCCUACCCGAGGAUACACUUCCCGCUGGCCUCGUACGCCCCGGUGAUAUCUGCGGAGAAGGCCCACCACGAGUCGGUGAGCAUCAACGACAUCACCAACGAGUGCUUCGAGCCCGACAAUCAGAUGGUCAAGUGCGACCCGAGGAAGGGCAAGUACAUGGCCUGCUGUCUGCUCUACCGGGGCGACGUCGUGCCCAAGGACAUCAACACGGCCAUCGCCCUCAUGAAGAGCAAGAGCGGAGUCAAGUUCGUCGACUGGUGCCCGACGGGCUUCAAAGUGGGCAUAAAUUAUCAGGCGCCUACGGUGGUGCCGGGUGGCGAUCUCGCCAAGGUGCAGAGGGCCGUGUCGAUGCUCUGCAACACGACGGCCAUCGGCGAGGCCUGGUCCAAGCUGAAUCUCAAAUUCGACCUCAUGUUCGCCAAGAGGGCCUUCGUACAUUGGUACAUCGGCGAGGGUAUGGAGGAGAACGAAUUUUCCGAGGCCAGAGAGGAUCUGGCUGCUUUGGAGAGAGAUUACGAAGAGGUAGCGGCCGAGUCGCCGCUGCAAGGAGAGGAACUCGAGUUCUAG